AUUGCUAGAAUGAGCCUGUGUCAUAUGUCUCUCAAACUAUUACAUGUACUAUAAUGAUGAGUAAUUCUUUAAUGCAGUUGCUUCUACUACCAACACGUCUAAGUUUAUGGAUUCUCUCUUUUGUAUAUUACAUUGUUGUGUAUGGCACAGCUGGAAUCACUGCUUGUUUUGUUUUGAUCCGAAUUGCUUGCACUGGAUUUAGAGAUCCAUAUGGAAUUUUCCAGUGGACCACCCGCAAGAAACCCCCAGCUUGCCUACAAGACCCAGCACUUGGUGACCAUGCAUAUUUGAAGGGCAGGAGUUCAGGCUUGAGGUUUCAUUACGUCAGUAAAGGAGACCACAGGAAACCACUAAUGCUGUUUCUUCAUGGAUUCCCAGAAAAUUGGUACUCCUGGCGUUAUCAAUUAAAAGAAUUCAGUAGUCACUUCCACACGGUGGCGCUAGAUCUACGCGGCUGUGGCGAUUCGGACGCUCCGGUAGAGCUGGAGGAAUAUUCAUUAGAGAAACUCUUAUAUGACAUCAGAGACACUAUUGACGAAUUGGGUCACACAAGUUGUAUAUUGGUGGGUCAUGACUGGGGUGGGAUGCUGGCAUGGCAUUUUGCACUGGAGCGUCCUGACAUGGUGCAACUUCUUCUAGUCAUGAAUGCUCCUCACGCUGCAUCAUGGCUGGAUGCAGUUUUAAGAAGACCUUCUCACCUGUUGCGUUCUGGUCAUGCGUGCUUUUUUCAGUUGCCUCUGCUGCCUGAGAUUGCACUGUCUCUUCAAGACUUCAUGUUAGUGCGCAGUCUGUUCUGUGGCAAGAAUACGGGGAUAAGGAACAAAGAGAUAAGACUGACCGAGGCCCAGCUGGAGGGUUACUUAUACCGCCUGUCUCAACCUGGAGGACUCACAGCUCCUUUAAACUAUUUCCGCUCCCUCCUGAGUAACACUCUGUACAAGCAUCAGGACGUGGCUGUGCCCUGCAUGUUAAUUUGGGCUGAAGCAGAUAAUAUACUGGUGGAGGGAAUGUCCCGAGGAACCCGACCUUACGCUAGGGGACCUGUCCUCAUUCACACUGUUCCUGAGUGCAGCCACUGGGUUCAGCAGGAUCGACCUGAGAUAGUCAACAAACUGCUCUGGGACUUUGUUCUGGACAAGGGUAUUGUGAAAAAACAACUAGGCCAAACGUCUGGUUCCCCUGUAAAGGAGGCAAUGAAUGGAGACAUAAAUCAUGACCGUCACUAGCUUCAGCAAGGUUUUUGGGCAGAUUUCCUCCGAAAAGAAAACAACUUGCUUUUUACUCUGAUUUGUCUUGCAGUAAGUUGCUUUGCUUAGACAUCAAUUUACUGCACUGUUUUAAAUUCACACUGGCUUAAUAUCGUUUAUCAAUGCAUGCUUGAAGAGAUUUUGCUUUUAAAAGAUUUGUCUUGAUUGUCUUCUUGUGAUCUUCAUGUAAGCAUUUAUAACUACUGUAUAUUAUAUGCCAUUUAUCUGAAAACUGAGUAGCCAAACAUAACCUAGAGCGUGUUAUACUUCCUACGUUGUGUCUGAAAUGAAAUAUUUCAUGAUACAAAUUUGUAGAUUUGUUCCAUAUUUGUGGUCCUGUCACUCUUGGGGAGGGAGUGGUCAGUUUAUAAGGCCAGGGGUUUUCAAAGUGGGGUCCGGGGACCCCCAGAAGGUUCCAAGGGGUCCCCUGCAGAAACCCCUUAGAAUUUCCACUUCCACAAGUGUUCUUCUUUUUUUGCUUCAUGCAUAUUUUCAGAAUGGUUUAUAUAUGUUUUGACUCUUUUAGUGAGUUUUCUUAAUCAAAUUCUUUUUAUUGCACUCACUGGGGUUUGUAAAGAAGAAUUCUCUGUAAAGCUGCGUGUCAGGAAAAUGUAUUUACUAUUAAGGUCAAUACAGUUGCCUAAAAUAAAAUUGAA